UAGCUAGUGACCGUUCUGUUUAUAAUAUCGCUUCAAUGCCCCGUUUAUAUUUACUGUUAUAGACAUCGGGCGAAUUACAAGACUUUUUAAUAGUGAGAUAUUUGUGUAAUUAAUCCUCAUUCAGACUCAUUGAUCGGAUCUUUUACCAGGCGGUGAGCAGCGAUGGACAGUGAGAUGUCUGAUAUGGAUCUGACUCCAGCUGUGGAUGGAGAGAAUGCUCCUCUGUACUGCAUUUGUCGAAAGCCAGACAUAAAUUGCUUCAUGAUUGGUUGUGACAAGUGCAAUGAGUGGUUCCAUGGUCACUGCAUUAAUGUGACCGAGAAGAUGGCCAAAGCUAUCAGGGAGUGGUACUGCCAACAAUGUCAGGAUAUGGAUCCAUCUCUUGAAAUACGGUAUCGAAAAAAGAACCGUGAGAAAGAGGUUGAGCCAGAGAGAGCUGAAAAACGAUCCAGCACUCCAGAGUUUAAGAUGGAUAGGCGCCGUGGGUCCAAAGUCAGUGUAUCUUCAGUUAACGUGAAACGUUCAGCUCGUAUGUGCGGGGAAUGCGAACCCUGCACUAGGACAGAGGAUUGUGGCCAAUGUGACUUCUGUAAAGAUAUGAAGAAAUUUGGUGGCCCAAACAGGAUCCGUCAGAAAUGUCGUCUAAGGCAGUGUGUCGUCCGUGCUCGGAAAAUGCUACGUGUUCGGGAUGAGGAGUUUUCUCUGCGUGAGAGGAAGGACAAUAUAAUGCACAGACGAUACUCAGAUGAUUAUGAUGAGAUGGAGCUGUAUGAGCACUACAAAGACAGAGAUGCGUCAUGGGGCAGUGAAGAUGAGGAUGGACCAGUUUACAUUCCUGUCCCACGGAAGAAAGCUAUAAAAGUCAAGCAUGUCAAGAGGAGAGACAAGAAAUUUGACAAAAAGAAAGAGUCUCGUCGCCACAAGCAAAAACAGAAGCACAGAGAUCGUUCGAGACACAGCGAGAGGGGAGACGGCAGAGAUGGAAGAGACCAUCGACAGUGCCUAGGACCAAACUGCAUCGACGCAGCACGUCCAAGCUCAAAAUACUGCUCUGAGGACUGUGGCAUGAAGUUGGCUGCCAACCGGAUCUAUGAGAUCCUCCCCCAGCGUAUCCAGCAGUGGCAGCAAAGCCCCUGUAUCGCAGAGGAACAGGGCAAAAAACAGCUAGAGCGCAUCCGCAGGGAACAGCAAGCCGCACGUUUGCGCCUAGCCGAGAUGGAGCGGCGCUUCCACGAAUUGGAGGGCAUUAUUGCGAAGGCCAAGCAACAGGUGGUCCUACAGGAUGAGGAUGUGAAUGAAACGGACAGCGAGGACACAGACCUUCAGAUCUUCUGUGUGUCCUGCAGUCACCCCAUCAACCCCAAGGUGGCACUGAGGCACAUGGAGAGAUGUUAUGCCAAGUACGAAAGUCAGACCUCUUUCGGUUCCAUUUUCCCUACAAGAAUAGAAGGUGCAACAAGGCUUUUUUGUGAUGUAUACAACCUGCAGAGCAAAACAUACUGCAAGAGACUUCAGGUCUUGUGCCCAGAGCAUUCCAGAGACCCCAAGGUCCUACCAGAUGAGGUGUGUGGAUGUCCACUAUUGCGUGAUGUGUUUGAGCCGACAGGAGAGUACUGCAGGGUCUCCAAACGCAAGUGUAACAAGCAUUACUGCUGGGAGAAGCUCAGACGAGCAGAGGUGGACCUGGAGCGUGUACGAGUGUGGUACAAGCUGGACGAAUUGUUUGAACAAGAGCGCAAUGUGAGGACAGCGAUGACCAACAGAGCAGGAUUACUGGCUCUCAUGCUCCAUCAGACUAUCCAGCAUGACCCACUGACAACUGACCUCCGCAGCAAUAAAGACAGAUAGCCAUGUGAACCAUUAGAGCUUGUUGGAAAAACAUUUGUUUAUAUUUGUAUACUUUUCAUAAUGUAUAUUUGUAACUAUUUGGGCAGUCAUUCCUAUUAAACAUGU